AUGGCGUUCGCCGUCCCCGUUGGACGACAUGCUCGCAGUCGACUGAUCGCUAGACAGAAAUAUGAUAAAUUUUCGUGUGUUGAUGAGAUCCUACUAGGCAGGGAUUUACGUGGCCAAUUUAUGGUGAUCUCUGCGGCCGGUUGUGGCUUACCCCUACGAAUGGCAUCUAAACUGGCCGCCGCUGGAGCCACCGUAAUCGCUGCCUGUCCAUUUUGUCCUCCCGGGGCACAUCCUUGCCCCUCAGACCGCAGCCAAAUCGGUCCUGGUCUAUGGUGGAUCUCAUGUGACCUGGGUGACUUGACCAGUGUUGCCCGCUUCGGUCAGGUUUUGUUCGGUUGUCUGGUGAAAACGGACUGCGAACAGUCAACCCGUACGGAAGCUGUGCGUAUCAUCCUGUUGAGUGAAGAAAUGCACCGUAACAUACCUUUGGAGGGUUUCUGGUGUGCAACUGUUAUCCCAUCGAAUAUUCCAAACAAUCGAGCCAACUUGCCCACUUUGGACGCGUCCAUCCACUCAUUCCCCAGGCAGUUCACGCAUAUCCCGACCGAUUUGAUGACCUGGUUGGAUCAGUAUCGAUGGUCGAAACUAUUUCAACUGCUCUAUCUGUUUGAAUUGCAACGUCGCUUAACUGCUUGGCAUGUUUCCAUUCAACCUGAAACCGGUCGCAUCCCGAUCGUAUGUGCCUGUUCUCAGGGUAGUCCUUUGCCCGGUCAGUGCAGUCCGCGGUGGAAUGCGAUUCAGGCCCCAUUGUGGAUACGUGCGUUGUUGUAUUCAUCCUGGUUGACGGGAUCCGAUCAGCUGGCCGCCACUCCGAUUCUCUGCGCAGUGGACGAUAGCUUGAACUCUUGGAAGUUGUCAGAGACAGAGCCCAGGCUACGAAUACCUCGUGCGCUACGCACCGUGCUUUACAUACAUCAGUGCCGCCCACGAAGCACGCUGCUCACCCGAUACGAACCCUCCCGAUUGCUUGAAGCAUCUCGUGCCUUGUGGAACGCUGUCGAGACUGCUCUGUCUUCAUACGCCCAGGAUAAGUCGAUUUGGGUUGAGUUUGCCAAUGGCGAUGUUUGA